CUUCCCAGCUCCCUCAGCCACUCCAGACCAUUCCCAGCUCUGUUCUCUUCCCUGGACAUACUCCAGCACCUGAGCAUCCAUCUCGCCAUGAGGGACCCAAAAUCAAAUAAUAAAUUUCUAAUUCUCCUGUGAUAAAUCUGACUAUUAGAUUGUUGUGGCUGUUAAAUCAUUGGCCAGGGAUGUUAUUUCUUCCCCUGUGGAGCUGCACCACAUCAGUGCCACAGAAGAGUCAUGGGCACCAUCCCCAGGUCCCUGCCUCAGUGCUCCUGGCAUAGGCCCUGAGGGAUUUUUCCAGGAGCCAACGAGUUUUAAACCUUGCUCUGGCAUUGCAAAGUGGUCAUAUACUGUGGCAAAGACCAGCAGAGCUGCUUUUCUGGCAUCUGGGCUGUCAGCCACCGGAGAUGCCUCAAAAUGCAGCUCCAUGUGGCUUGUUUAAAAGUGUUUAUAAAUGUGAUUUACCCGCUGCCAGUGCCGUGAGGGUGAUCCGUGUCCAUGGCUGGUGCUUCAAUCCAGGAGUUUUUGAAGGGGAUAAUCACCUGUCCUCACACUGAGAAUAACCUGUGGUAGCAGACAAAGGUAUUGGCUUCAGAGAUAGACCCAAAUCUAUACAAUACUAUUUAAUCUUCUUAGGGGCUGUGGGUAUUAAACUGGAUUGGGAAUUCCUCCACUAACAUGUCCUUCACACCUGACCCGCUCUUGUUUUAGGACUCUGCCAGCAGAGGAGACAUCCUGAAAAUGGGAUCAUUUCCCCCCGCCUCUCUCUGCAACAGCAUCUCCCAUCUGGCUGUUAACUACCAAAGAAGCUUCCAGCACUACACCCAGCCCCUGGAACUCCCCUUCUUCCUGGACAAACAUUUGGAAGGAUUCCCCAUUUUGUGCUGUGCAGUUCCACUCCUGAUGCUUCAGAUCAGAAAACUGCUGACCAAGUGAAGUCUUCAGUGUCUUCUGGACACAGCUCUGAGUUUUGAACCUUUAGGAAAUGCAUUUACCACGGAGGAGGCGGCUACGCAGGAACCGAAUCCUUUUCUUGCUUGCCAUAGUGUUGGUCUUCUCUGUCUGCCAGCUCCAGUUCAGCCCCUCUGCCCUUCCAGCAUCACACAGAGCCCCCCAACCCACAGACCCUGUUAAAGUGACCUCCAGGGACCUCCCCAGCAACAAGACUGCUGUAAGAGGCAAUGCCACAGCACCCAAAAUAAGACACUGCAUCUAUGUGGAUCCUGAGCCAGCCGUGCCCGUCACCACGUCAGUGGGGACAACACCACAGCAAGAAAAUGCCAGUGAAAGUUCCCCAGAUGAAAAACCAUCCUAUGAGUCCAAAGGAGAAUAUCCCCAGGACCUGUUCAGUGUGGAAGAACGCAGGCAAGGGUGGGUUGUCCUUCACAUCUUUGGCAUGAUGUAUGUGUUUGUGGCCUUGGCCAUAGUGUGUGAUGAGUAUUUUGUGCCUGCUUUGGGAGUGAUCACUGAGAAGCUGGAGAUCUCUGAAGAUGUGGCUGGAGCCACCUUCAUGGCAGCAGGUGGAUCAGCACCAGAACUCUUCACGUCCCUCAUAGGCGUCUUCAUCUCACACAGCAAUGUCGGCAUCGGUACCAUUGUGGGCUCAGCAGUGUUUAAUAUCCUCUUUGUCAUUGGCACCUGUGCCCUCUUCUCGAGGCAGAUACUCCACCUGACAUGGUGGCCCUUAUUUAGAGACAUCACAUUCUACAUUGUAGACUUACUGAUGCUCAUCCUGUUUUUCCUAGACAGUGUCAUUGAUUGGUGGGAAAGCCUCCUUUUACUGACUGCCUAUGCCACAUACGUGUUCACCAUGAAACAGAAUGUGUUCCUGGAGCAAUGGGUGAAGCAGGAGCUGAAAAAGAAGCUAAAUGCUGUGCAGGCAGCACCAGCAGAGCAUCUGCAGAAGACAAGCAGGGCAGUUGUAGAUGAUGGAACAAUGAAGCCACCAGAUGUGAGGAGGCUGCAGCCUGGGCCAGGCCUGCAGCGGGGCAGCAGCUCGGCCUCCCUGCACAACUCCCAGAUGCGCGGCACCAUCGUCCAACUCAUGGUCCACACCCUGGACCCCCUGGCAGAAGCAAAAUUGAAAGACAGGGUUGACAUCCUGAGCAAUGUGGCCAAGGUCAAGGCUGAGACCCUGGAAGGACAAGGCUCCCAGCCAGAAGAGGGAAAGAAAGCACCAAGCAGCGUCCAGGUAACUCCUGCCAGUGACUCUGAGCCCAGCAAAGGUACACAGAAGGCAGAUGUGCCACAGGAUGGACAGGCACAGCCCCCGUCGAGCAGUGACACCUCAGACGACAGCAGCUCCGAGAGCCAGGAGGACAGUGAUGGUGACAGCACAGACGGUGAUGAAAAUGAUGAGCCCUUAUCUCUGGAAUGGCCAGAAUCAAGGACAAAACAAGCAAUUUACCUUUUCCUCUUCCCCAUUGUCUUUCCUCUCUGGAGCACUCUGCCUGAUGUCAGAAACUCGGAAUCAAAAAAAUUCUUUGUAAUCACUUUUUUUGGAUCCAUCCUCUGGAUUGCUGCAUUCUCUUAUCUCAUGGUGUGGUGGGCUCACCAGGUUGGUGAAACAAUUGGGAUAUCAGAGGAAAUUAUGGGGUUGACCAUACUGGCAGCAGGCACAUCCAUCCCUGACCUCAUCACCAGUGUCAUCGUGGCCCGGAAGGGCUUGGGGGACAUGGCUGUGUCCAGCUCCGUGGGCAGCAACAUCUUUGACAUCACUGUUGGCCUGCCAGUUCCCUGGUUUCUUUUUUCUAUCUUCAAUGGCCUCAGCCCCGUGGCAGUCAGCAGCAAUGGUUUGUUUUGUGCAAUCGUUCUCCUUUUCCUCAUGCUCCUGUUUGUGAUUGUCUCUAUUGCUGCCUGUAAAUGGAAAAUGAACAAAUUACUGGGCCUCACCAUGUUUGCUCUUUACUUUGUGUUUCUGAUCAUCAGCGUGAUGUUAGAGGACAAGAUAAUAUCCUGCCCAGUAUCUGUAUGACAUGUGGACUCUUCAAGAUGUGUGUGAGGAUCCAGCAACAUCAAAAGGGGGUUGAGGUAGCAGUUUUUCUACUGAAAAAAAGCAACCAGAAUUGUAACAAACUUACUGAAAACAAGAUAUCUUUAACACGCUAAAAAAUAAAUCAAUCUUAAGUGGUG